GUGCGGUCAAGCAAGCGCCUGCCACCGCCGAUGCCAGCAGCGCAACAUCGCCCAAUUCCACCCCCUCACUCGGACUCAUGCGGUCUCCUCCCCUUACUUUGACCGUUGCGUUGCGAGAAUAAAUGUCUUUGUUUGAUCAUGCAGAUGACGAUACGGAGCCGUCGUUCGCAUUACCGAAUAUCGGCUCGGAGGCGGUGCCCUCGGCUAAGGAGAGCGUCGCCGAGCAGAUUCGCGAUAUAAUCGAGGCGCUCAAGGAGAUUCGGUCUCAGCUUGCCGAUCAGAACAAAUACCUGGAUGUUCUUGCUGAAAAGUAUAUCAAGCCGGCCACCCCGCAGCUGCCGCGUAUCGUUUACAUUGAUGAUGAGGAGUGGAUCGACCGAUUACAGCCACUCCAAGAGGAGUGGCAUCGCUCAUUGAUACCAGACGAAGAGCGGAUGGAGUUCCUCAAAGAUCGAUUCAUUGAGCAGCUUCGUGAACCAGAGGGGCUUGAUGCGCUGCUAGAAAUUUCUGUUCCUUUAUCCACAGACCGCGCUCGAGACCCUGCCAGUCAAGGCUCGCUCGAGACUCUGGCUGCAGCAUGGCCAGUCUACCAGGAGCCACCGCCGGAAAUUGGCUUGAGAAUCAUGUUUGAGAAUAAUGAUGCUUGGGCUGACUUUGACACCUUCUUUGCCUGUUGCCUGCGCCAGCACCGCCAGAGUGACCACGAUUCAGUUCACCUACAGCACCCUUUCCUCCGCUCUGUUGAGAUGCACGAGUUUGGGUACGAUAACGAGGCUUCCACUGUGGUUGGUUCAUAUUCCGUCUUGCAAAGCGACAACUCCUUGGUGAGGAAACAGGAAUGCUGGGAUCUGCCAACCCCCUCCCUUCGACGACCUUGGAGCGGAAGAAUCUGUGGCCGUAUCAUAAUAAUCGAUCUCUAUCGACUCCGCUUCAUUCCGGUGCAAACCGUGGCAUUUGUUUUGUGGCAGCUUGAUAGCUUUGGUGCUCAACAUCGAUUGUAUUAUAACAUGCAACCCGGACAACUGUGUCUCUCAGCAUUCAUGUCAUCAUGGGAGAGACAGGAGUCGCCAAGAUGUUUUGUUCUCCCUGAGGUCGCGGUGCUGUGUCUCUGUUUCCAGGUGCGCUGGAUGAAGUCUGGCACAUGCGAUCUCUCCGACAACCGGAUUACACACGGAGUAUUCCUCGAGCGAGAUAAAGGAGACAUCCCAAGUGCACAAGGCACUGGGUCUCGUGACAUGAACAUUCGCGAGGACCGUCUGGGCUUUGCAAUGAUCACAACAGUCGACAGGCCCCUGCCACUUUACACGCUGAUAAACUUGACGGGCGAUGUGACGUUUCAAUACCUAAAGACGCCUCGCGACUGUCUGGAUCGCAUUAUCCAGAGUAGGCCUGCGCGGUCUUACCUCACUGACAACCUCACAGGACUGGGCAUGUUCCUCAUCUUCCUCUCUUCAACAUUAGCCUGGCUUGCCGGCGAUUGGGUGCGCUUUCUAGAUGAGGUCGAUCGAACAGUGCAUACUAGCCUUGCCCAGAUGACCCGCGAGAAACGCCAGGCCCUAAUGUUCGAUGACGAUUUUUCAAAGUCGGAUCAGUAUUUUGCCGUCCUGCAGACACUGCACAUGUGCACUGACUGGAUCACGGGGACCCUUCGAGACUUCAGAGAGCUGUGCCAGAGACUCGAACCGGUCUUCGAACAUGCGCCGGACCAUGUCCGCGUGGAUAAAGAAGCUCUAGCUGCACUGUGUGAUGCUGUCGUUGCUGACAGCGAGCUCCAUCUCCAGCCAUUGCUGGAUCGCAUUGAGCGAAAAGUCGAAGAAGUCAAGGGUCUUCGAGACGGGCUGUUCAACGCGACCUCCGUCAAAGAAGCCUCAAAGGGAACGCGUCUGGCCGAAAACAGUCGUCGACAGAACCGAUACGUCCUCGUCUUUACCGUCGCCACUGUGUUUUUCCUGCCGAUGGGCUUCGUGACUUCGUUCUUUGGAAUGCACCUAUUCGACCCUGACAACGACGACCCUUCUUCCUCCCAGAUACCCUUCAUCAUUACCUUUGUCGUCCUAUCCAUCGCUACAUAUGUCAUUGCAACAGGGGCACUGUUUGCUGUUCGAGAGGACCAAUGGGUCAAAACGACCCUCGCGUCUUGGAAGUUGGUGGCAGCCUCGCUGGGUUUUCAGGCGCCCUCAGGGUCAAAGAUCCUUGACAUACUGAACAGGAAGAAGGCCACGAACGAGGCGAGCGUAUAAGGUCCAGCUGCGGACUAUGGCUCGGACCUCCAGCGGCUUCAAGCUUUUCGCCGCUUUUAUGACCAUCUACGAUACGAUGUACGACUCACGACUCACGGCUAGAUGAGACGAGACUUACGAUCUUUGUACAUAUUUCCUAUGUUUGCAACGUGUGUGUACUCUACCGAAAGAAAAUGCAGAGGACAAAACAAGCCGUAUCACACAGACCAGCAGCCGCGUUUGAGAUAUCUUAUUUGGGUCAAUUGCCCAACCCCUGGGACUCACGCAGAUGGCUGCUCGUGUCUAUGUAUGUAUAGUGCCA